GCAGAGCUGAAAUGAACGAUGGAGAACGCUUACAAAGCUCAAUCCGAUAAAAACGAAAGUUGACAUUACAAAGAAGAUAAACAAGGAGAGAGAAAACAAGAAAUGGCAAUUCAUGCACCACUCUCGGUUGUCUCUGUAAAUUCGGUGCCUAAAAUCAGCUUUAGGAAGCUUGAAACCAAGAGAGAAAGAGAGGCUUGUCUUGUUGAUUUCAAGCUGCUUAGAAACCAUGGGGACCGAAGAAUCAGCUUCACAAGAUUGAAUGCCGCAGGGUUGUCCGAGAUUGAACCUGAUCUUAACGAAGACCCUACUGACAGAUGGGCCACCAAUGGCGUCAGCUCUGAAGAUUUUAAAUAUGGAGAGUAUGAUGGGCACCAUACUUACUUUGAAGGAGAGGAGGAGAAAGGAUCAUUUUGGGGAGCCAUUGCUGAUGAUAUUGAAGCUAUUGAACCACCAACAGGAUUCCAAGGCCUUCUUUCAUGGCUCUUCCUCCCCGCAGUUGCAGCUGGAAUGUUUUUCAAUGUUCCGGGGGAGUACUUGUUCAUUGGAGCUGGAGUGUUUACGCUUAUAUUCUGUAUAAUAGAGAUGGAUAAACCAGAUAAGCCCCACCACUUUGAACCUCAGAUAUAUAACAUGGAAAGGGGAGCUCGUGAUAAGUUAAUCAACGACUACAAUACCAUGAGCAUUUGGGAUUUUAAUGAGAAAUAUGGAGAUCUCUGGGAUUUCACCAUCAAGAAAGAAGAUAUCACAAAGGCUUAACUUCUCUUCUAAAUCGUAAUUAUCAGCCGUAUAUAGUCAUGUCAACAUGAAUAUCUUUUAUCACACGAUCAAUUAGCGGAUCUCUGUUUGACGACUAUUUUAAUGUUAUGAGGACCAGUCCAUCAAUAAGAGAUGUGAAUCGUCGAAUGCUUGAUGCUCAUAUUAUCGUA